AUGCGGCGUCCUAUGCAUUUAACGACCGGUCUGCCUCGAAAUCUUCGAACAGAACUUGGUAUCAAAGAUACAUAUGGAGAUAAGAAGAAGAACAAACGCUCAGGACCCUUGACGCGGAAAGAUCGCCGACAAGCGGAGCGAUCGAACAAGAAGACGAAACGAGCGCCCAUUCCAGCUUCCAAAUAUGGCCGCGGGAAGCAGGUUGACGUUGACGAGGAGGAUGAUGACGAUGAGGACGCAUUCGACGGCUUUGGGGAGGACUCGGAUUUGGCUGAAUCGGCUGAUGAAGUUGUGACAAGCAAGUCGAAGUCGAAAAAGCAGGCCGACCAGAAGCCCAAGUCUAUUCUGAAGGCUAAAAAAGGACAAGACGCGGAGUUGGACCUUGAGAGUGAAGAGGAUAGCCAAGAAGAGGACAAGCCUCGCCGGCGGAAUAUCACGGCAACGAUGAAGGACAAGCUAGACCAGGAUGACGCGGAAAUUGCGGCACUUGAGAAGAAGCUUGGGAUGAAAAAAGGCAAGAAAUUGCCGAAAUCAUUUCAGGAAGACGGUCUCGAGGAUCUGCUCGGCGAGCUCGACGAGGGGUCUGGCGAUGAAAAGCGCAAACGCAAAAGAGAAGCCGACGAGUGGCUGCUGAGCAAAAGAAGAAAGGCUCAAGGAAUACAAUCCGAAAGCGAAGACGAUGAUGAGGACAUGGAUCUUGGAAGCGAUGAGGACAUGGAUGACAUGGAUGACAUGGAGGAUGAGGAUAUGGAGGGCCUGGAGGAAGACUUUAGUGACGAGGAUGACCAGGAAGACGAUGAGACCAAAUCGGCACCGAAGAAGAAGGAAAAUCCUUACGUCGCACCGGUUGCCGAGAAGCCGCCGCAGAAAUAUAUCCCUCCGUCACUUCGAGCUGCCGCUAAUCCUGAAUCCGAGUCCCUCACUCGAUUGAGGCGACAGGCCCAAGGACAGCUGAACAAGUUGUCGGAAGCGAACCUUGUCUCCAUCCUUGCCGAAUUCGAGAAGCUCUAUCGUGAUCAUCCCCGGCAGAAUGUAACGUCGACACUGAUAUCGCUGUUGUUCGGUCUCAUUUGCGAACGGUCUGUGCACCAGGACACCUUCAUGGUCCUCCACGCUGGGUUUAUCGCGGCGAUAUACAAGGUUGUGGGUAUGGACUUUGGCGCAGAGCUUGUACAAAAGGUUGUGGAGACUCUAGACGCGGGUGGAGACGAAAGAGGCAGCUUUGAAGGGAAGGAGUCUACCAACCUGAUAUCUCUGCUGUCCCAACUCUACAACUUCCACGUCAUUGGAAGUGCCCUGAUCUUCGACUACAUUCGUCUGUAUCUCCAGGACAUCACAGAGGAGAACACUGAGCUACUCCUCAAGAUUAUACGAAACUCUGGACCUCAACUCCGUCAAGAUGAUCCGUCUUCCCUGAAAGACAUCGUCCUCCUGAUCCAACCGGCCGUCGCCAAAGCCGGAGAAGCAUCUCUCUCCGUCCGCACGAAAUUCAUGAUCGACACAAUCACCGACCUGAAGAACAACAAAAUCAAAGCGGGAGUCAACGCAAACGUAGCAUCAGAACACCUUACCAAAAUGCGCAAGAUCCUCGGAUCCCUCAACAACACGCGCGUCCUCCGCGCCUCCGAACCCAUCAGCAUCUCACGAAGCGACAUCCACAAUUCCACCAAAAAGGGCAAAUGGUGGCUAGUAGGCGCCAGCUGGCGCGAGGAUCCGCUCGAAUCCGCACGCCAGGAACUUUCCGGCCUCCCCAUGGACAGCAAAGCAGCAGCAGCAGCAGCAGCAGCAGGGCAAGACGACGACAGCGAAGGCGAGCCCGACCUAGUACAGCUCGCCAAAUCCCACCGCAUGAACACCGACGUGCGGCGCUCCAUCUUCGUCGCCAUCAUGUCCGCCCAAGACUACCAAGACGCCCACGUGCGACUCCUCAAACUCCGCCUGAAGCGCGUCCAGGAAUUUGAGAUCCCGCGCGUGCUCACCCACUGCGCCAUGGAAGAGGAAUCCUACAACCCGUACUACACGCUCAUCGCGCGGCGCGUGUGCGGCGAACUCGGCCGCCGCCUCAAAGUCUCCUUCAUGUACACGCUAUGGAACGCGUUCAAGCGGAUGGGCGAGUCAGGCGACAUGGGCGAUGACGACGACGAAGACGACGCGUUUGGCGCCGAGGACGAGGAAAACCAACUGCCGAUGAAGGCGCUCGUUAACCUCGCUAAGAUGUACGGGACGCUUGUCGCGGAUGGAACUCUUAACCUGGGUAUCCUUAAGACGCUCAACUUCGCGUACCUGCAGCCCAAGUCGAAGACGUUCGUCGAGCUGCUCCUGAUCACCGUCAUUCAGCAGUCGCAGAAGGCGAAGAGCGCACCCAAGAAGAGCAAGAAGGACAAGAAGGGCGAGGAUGUCGAGCCCGAGAGGGAUGAAAGGGCCCUGAUUGACAUUUUCCUCCGGACUAGGGAGACGCCGCAGAUCGCCAAGGGGUUGAUCUUCUUCCUGCGCAAGGUGGUGGCUAAGACGGAUAUUGUGUCGUCGAGCAAGGAGCAGAAGAUGGUGAAAUGGGGUUGCGGCGCGGCGGUGGAUGCGCUGAAGGUGGUGGCUAAGGAGGAGGAGGGGGUAUAAUCUCCUUAUCUUUGUUAUAUUCUCCGGCGUAUGGUUGAGGAUUGGUUCCUGGCGAACUGGACAAAAGCUUUGC